UAGUGUGGAUAUUCAAAAAUAUUUUUGUGAAACUUAAUAUUCAUAUCGCGUUAAAAUUCUGACAUUUCGCGGAUAUUUCGUAAAAUAACAAGAAUAUCGCGAAUAGUAAUGAAUUUCACGGCAUUGCCAGUUAUUUUGUGAAAACGAAAUGCUUUAAAAUCAAAAUAGGUGAUCGGAAACACAUUUGUAAGUGCUUAGAAUGUAGUUCCAAAAUCGUUAGUAAAAUUUCGCGAUUUUGUCAUUAACGAAAUUUGAGUACCCCUAAACAUAAUUAUACUAGCCAAUACUCGGCAUGUGUUGAAAUGCAUACGUGAGUUUUUUUUUUUCUGUUUAUCUCUCCAUGUAUAUAUCUCUAUAUGUGUUUGUGUGUGUGUCAUAUAUAUGUAUGGACAGUCUCCGGGUAAAAGGUAACAAGUCAAGAAUUCACUUUUUGCAGGAGAAACAAAAAAUCUCUUGGAUAAAAAUUGAAUUUAAAUACUUAAAUUUUUCUUGCAUUAUUCUUUCAUUUACCAACAUAUUUACCAACAUAGUUGCCAAUGAUUAAAAAUGCAUUACAUAUUCUAAGUAUAUUUAAAGAGUUUAAGUGACUUGUUCUCUAAAAAAUCGCCAAAAUGUGACUUGUUACCUUUUACUUGGAGACCGUCCAUAUACACACAUACACACACAUGUCUAUACAGUAGAAUCCCACUAAUCCGAACUAAUUGGGACCGAACCCUGUUCGGAUUAGCGAAAAUUCGGAUUAGGCGUUAUUUUUGUCAUUUAAUGCCAUAUAUUGUCUUAUUGAGGCGUAAUUAGUGUCUGAUGUCAAAUAUGUACCAGGUUGCGAAAUGGCAGAAGAGUGCGUUGAAAAGUGGACGGCCAUUGACGACUGGCCACAGAUGAAGAUAUCGUAGCAUCUGCGCAGGGAACGUCAACUGAUCUCGAUGCAGACGACAGUGAGGAGGAAGGGAACGCUCCGACUGAUGUUGUUUCUCACACUGCCGCAGCCAGCGCCCUUGAUCUGGCUUUGCGCUACGUCGAGCAACAUGCCGAUGCAACCCCACCAGAUGUUAUGUUUAUGCGGUGUUGGCGAAAUAUUGCAUCUUCAAGCCCAUUUAGUACAUUGCGUCAAAGGAAUAUUACUGAUUUUGCCUCUUAGAUAAUGGUUUGCUUUUUUACGUUUUGUUUUUUGUCAAUCCUGUACAUAACAUGAAUUCUACAAAUAGUAUGCAAGUAAAUUCAAAAAUUUUCAAUACGUACAUAUGUAUUUAAGUACUAAGUAUGUACUUAAUCUUAUUUUUCUCUUUUCAGUUAGUGAAAUAGCUAAAAUAUAUGUUUCUUAUGUACAUAUUAAUAAAUGUACGACAUUACUUGAAAAAAAAUUGAUUUUCUUUACUUUUCCUAGUUCUUAAAAGUUAUAAAAAAAAAUUAUAUUUUUUGUCCUAGCCCUGUUCGGAUUAGCGGGGUUCGGAUUAGGCAGAUUUUCGGAUUAGCGGGACUCUACUGUAUCUGUGUGUGUGUGUAUGUAUGUAUGUGUUCGUGUGGAUGUUCUGCAUGCGGCCAAAUGGUUUCUGAGAGUUGGACGGAUGCUCCCUUGUCCCAGGAAGAAGAUCCACGUGAUCCUGCUGCACAACUGCAGCACCUCCGAGGCGCUGAUCCUGUGCGCCAACGAGCACCACCUGUUCUCCGGCCUCACCGAGAGCAUCCCGCUGAAGAGCUCCAAGCGGGGCGACUCCCCCUCGGAGCUGCUGGUGUCGAACCUGCCCGACGACCGGGACCCGGGGCGCGUCCGGCUGCGGCUGAAGAAGCUGUCCGACAACUGCGGGGGCCGCGUCGUCGCCGUGUCCAGCUCCUCCGCCACCAUCCGCUUCUCCAACCACGUGUGCGCUUCCAGGGCCCAGAAGAGAAUGGAUGGUGAAGAUGUGUACGGCUGCAAGAUAUCCGUGGGGAAUCCCAGGCGCGCGCAGGAGAGAAGCGAAAGAGAGAUGUCGCCGACUAAAUCUGCGCGCAAGCUGAGGCACAACCCGAGGACGGAGAGCGGGCACCCGCGCUCGCCGCGCCGCAUGAAGUCCGUCCCCAACGUGAUCACGAACCAGAGCGUGCAGCUGGCGGGGGCAGCAGCCUGGGGCGCUGGCGCUGGCGCGCCGUGCUUCCCGGGCAACCAGCCGCCCAGGAUCAACCCGGCCGUGCUGCAGCAGAUGCUGUUCCCCGGCGACACCCGGACCCAGUCGGUGCCCCCGGAUUUCCGGAUGCCCUUGUGGCCGCUGGCCCCUAUCGGCCAGCUCCCGGGGUACCAGCGCCCGGCCGGUGGCGGGGGAAUGUUCCCGGGGGCCGCGGGGGCGGACCAGGGCGCGGCCUGCAAGACCCCGGAGGGACUGCGCAGGAUCCGCGGGAGACACGGAGGGGGGCAGGCUGACGACCCCGCCGUCGCAGGGGCAGACGCCCGGCCCGCGGGAGCCCCCGGGCUGCUCGCCCAGAAGACCGUGCUGAAGCGCUCCCGCACCGUGUCGCCCGUCGUCCCGGCGGCGAGACCCAUCGCGGUUCCGGCCGUGUCAGGGGUUCCGCUGCCGCGCAAGUGCCGCACGCCGUCCCCGUACACCGUGUACGACGCCCGGGAGGACGCCGUCUCCACUCCCGCCCUCGCCAGCAACUCUGAGCACUUCUUCCACCCGAUAUCCGUGCCGGCCGGCAGCCCCGUGCCGGCGGGGGCGAGCUGCCCCAUCGAGCUGGUCGUCACGAACCUGGACCAGACAUUCAGCGCCCCGGAGCUGCAGGCCGUCCUGCUGAACGAGUUCAAGGCGCACGUCAUGGUGGUGAGCCUGUCGCUGUGCUCGCACUCGGACGGGAACCUGGGCGCGUACGUGAAGGUGCCCUCGCUGCAGGACGCGCAGUUCGCCAUCUCGAAGCUGCACCGUCGCCGGCUCGGCUCCAAGAGGAUGAUCAUCUCAUACGCCCACGUCAACGGCCCCAACCCGCAGGUCAUAAGGGCCCAGAUAGUGUCGCUGCUGCGUGACGUGCCGGGCCACCAGCUGCCCCUGUUCAAGUUCUGCGAGAUGUACGAGAGCCGGUACCUGGCGACGGUGAGCGUGGCGGACAUGUACCGCAUGCGCGACGUGUGCCUCGUGAGCGAGGACUCGUCGGGCCGCAUGGUGCGCCUCAACCCGGAGCUGCGCAACACCCCGUCGCCCUGCCCCGGCGACCCCGCCCUCGCGCCCGGCGACACGCCCCUGGAGCUGCCCUACUGCUCGCUGCACCCCUGGAGGCGGGACACGGACAAGGGCUGGGCCGAGCAGGAGCUCGGCACGCUGCCCAGCGUGCGCGUCACUCUGCGCCAGCUCGGUCCGCGCAUCGACGCGCUACUGGAAUCCCACCGCGGCCGCCUGCCGCUGCCCAGCCUGCCGACGUGCUACGAGGCCCAGUUCGGGCGCCUGGAGGUGGACCCGGCCGGCGUGCCGCUGGAGCACCUGGUCAGCUGCCUGCCCGGCGUGGAGCUGUACCAGGGCGUGGGCAGCGCCAAGUACCUCACCCGGGCCCGGUCGUCCCGGCCGCCCCACGCCGAGGACUGGAGCUCGGCCAGCCCGCCGCUCGCCUCGAUGCUGUCGCUGUUCUGCCGGGAGCUGGUGGACCUGCUCAGGACGUCGCCCCAGUGCCAGCUGCCCUUCAACCGCUUCAUCCCCGCCUACCACCACCACUUCGGGCGGCAGUGCCGCGUCGCCAACUACGGCUUCACCAAGCUGGUGGACCUGCUGGAGGCCCUCCCGGGGACAGUGCAGGUGACGCUGGCGGAGCUGCCGGCGGCCUACCAGCGCGCCGUCGGCCGUGAGUGGAACGUGUGCGACUACGGGGUGUGCGACGUCGAGGACCUGCUGGGGGACCUGCCCGAGAGCACCGUGUGCGUGUCCUUGGGCGGCGAGGUCGUCGUCUCCAUGCCCAAGAGGGACCAGACCCCGGAGGAGGCGGAGCGGACCCGCUGCUUUGCCGCGGAGGUGGUGGAGCUGCUCAGGCACGCCCCGCAGUGCAGCAUGCUGUUCAGCAAGUUCAUCCCCGCCUACCACCAGCACUUCGGCCACCAGUGCCGCCUCGCCGACUACGGCUUCGUUAAGCUCAUCGAGCUGUUCGAGGCCAUCUCGGACGUCGUCCGGGUGGAGGACGGCCGCUCGGACGGCGAGCGGCGCGUGUGCCUGACGCUCGGCCAGGGCCUCAAGGUGCUGCAGGAGCAGCUGGCGACGCUCGUGCGCGCGUCUCCCGGCGCGUCCCUGCCGCUGCCUCAGCUGCCGCCGGCGUACCUGCGCCUGUACGGGCACGCUCUGCGGCCGGAGGCGUACGGGUGCGCGGGCCUGCGCCAGCUCUUGGAGCGCUUCCCGGGCGUGCUGGAGGUGGUCCCGGGAAGCCCCGACCGCGUGGUGGCACUGGUGGACCGGUCCGACUGCAGCCUGCUGGCCCUGCGAGCCCGGAGGGUGCUCAUGGGGCAGCCCGACUGCCGCAUGGCCGCCCGCGACUUCCUCAAGGCCUUCUGGCGCGUCUACAAGCAGGCCUGGGACAUGGACCAGGCCAGGGGGGACCUGGCCGGCGUGGUCCAGGUGGUGGAGCAGGGGGGCGAGGUGCUCCUGGAGCUGACGCCGCUACAGCAGUUUGCGAGCCGGGUGUACCGCCUGCUGAUGGAGUGCGGCGGCUGCCUCAAGCUGCUCUCCUUCGACUUCAUGUACCUGCGGGUGUUCGGGGUCACCUACAAGGCGCCCGUGCACGGCUACCCCAGCACGGAGGCCCACCUGCGCGCCAUCCCGGAGACCGUGCUGCUGCGCGGGUCCUCCCGCGCCUCGCGCGACAUCGUCCUCAACAGGAACCUGGCCCAGGCUGGCUUCCCCCUGCCGCCGCAGAUGUCGCUGCUGGAAGCGUGCGGGGACCCGGAGGCGCGGGGCCUCGAGCCGGCCAAUCAGGGAGGCCCGCGGCCGCCAGGAACGCCCGACGACGACGUGUCCCAAGCUAAAGACGCUGGGUGCGAGCGUAAAGCUGACGGCGAGUGCGCCCGUGUCUCACAACUACCUCAGGUUCCGUAUCAAGAUGUGGACAGUCCAAUGUCCAGCCCUUCAAAGUUAUGGAGCCCGCCUACUACUUCGCCAUUUAAUCAUUCCAUCAAAGUGGAGCUGCCGGCCAGCCUGUCGGGGGAGGCGGAGCUCCUGUCGCCGGGCAGCUUCCUGCUGCCGCCCAGCCCCCCCGACCCCGACCCCGCGGCCCCCGCGGUGCCCCAGGUAGUGGCCCCGCACCCCAGCGAGCUGCCCAGGCCCGACCCGGCCCUGCUGUGGGGGCGCAGCCCCUCCGCGCUCGCCGGCAAGCGUCGCAUUGCCGCGCACUUCGACAUGCUGUGAGGCAGGAACGCGUCCGUCACCAACAAACAACAAAUACUUCUCACUAGGCCUUUGCUUUUUUUUUUUUUCCCCUUCCGAAAACACUAGAACCCUAGACACGAGGUAUGGAGCAGCCUGUGUGGCUUUGUGAUAUGGUUCGCUCUCGAGACAUUGCGCAUCGGUGUGCGAUUCCGCUGAAGAAUGCGAUCGACGUGGCUUGUUUCGUUGCUGCGGGCCAAUAUUGAUUUGCACGUUGGGCUCUCGCACUUUAAAAGGCGAGAUGUUUUGAUUUCCUCGUGCAUAGCACAUGCAAUCUAUUUCCUUCAUUUCGUCGCUAUUGGGUUUUGACACUUUCCGAAACAAUAUGCUCCCGGUACGCUCUCUCAAGAAUGUAAAAAUUAUUCUACUUUUGCACCAAAAGGAUUUUGACACAAAGAUUUUGGUACAAACGAUGUUGAAGUGUGUCUCUCUUAACCUCAGGAAGGUAUGUUAGGUGUUGCACCAACAUGUAGAGAAAUGUCGGAGAUAGAUUGUUUGUAACAUUUAUAUUUUAACUGAUCAACUUAAUAGUUUUUUCGUUUUUAUUUCUUUUGUGAUAUACUAGAUUUCACAUGUUACGUGUGCAAAUACGCACAAGUUUUGUCCGCAGUGAUAUAUUGAUCGCAUUCUCAAGUAGAAUUGUACAUUGCUAUACAAUGUUGGCCACAUGGGUAAUUUUCUUUGUGUGUACUUUGGAGGGAAAGAAUGUGUUUAGUAUUGAAAAAAUAAUAAUAACUGCAGAAAUUACUUUUAAAUCAGUGGCACGUUGCUUUAUUUUUUUGUUAGUUUUACGUGACAUUUAUCGAUUUAUUUUGUUACUGCAAAAUUCCAGGAAAAUGAGCACUUUAAACAGUCAAUAUUGCAUGAAAUAUAUAUGUAUAUUUUUUUGUACUGCUUUCCCAAACAAGUGUAGUGCACAAUUGCUUUUGUUCAUUGAUACAAUGUCCAAUGGUUGUCAAAUACAAUUUUCCUGGGAUUUGAGUGAGAUUUUUUUAUUGUGUCCAGUUUUAAUUCACAUCAGGACUUUGUUGCGAUGAAAUGACAUAUCUGCAUAUUUACGAAUUUAAAAGUUUUAGUGUAUUACAGAAUAUCUAUAAAGAUAAUUAUUAAUGGAUAUCUGUUGUGUGAAUAAUAUAGAGUUUAGAUAAAUUUUGUGCUGUGAAAUUUGUUAAUUGUGUAUUUUGAGUGAAGAUGUUGGCGAUGAGAAUGAAUGAACCCAAUGAGGCGGGUUUUUUUUUGUCCAAGUUUUUUUUAUUUUACUGAUAUUUUUUUAGUGCAUGGAAAUUUAAUGUUAAGUAUCGAAAUUUUCAAACAUGCACACAGAAUCAUUCCAACGAUCCUGUGGAAUGUUUUAUUUUAGUAUCAUUACUUCUUUGGUGGAUGUUUAUGCUUGCAUGUGCUGCUGUACUGCUUAUACCUCUAGCAGAGGCCCCGUACUUACAAGGCGUUAUCACUUAUCUGUAUAUCGUGUGUGAAAUGAGCUUCAAACCACCGAUGUACGUUACAACACUAGGCAACUGAAAUGGGCUGUAUAACAUUUUUUUUACAGAAUUCAAAAUUUUUCAGGUAAUUAGGGAUAUUAUUGAAACAUCUGCGAGCUGGGUUUUGUUUUUAGAUUUGAGUCAGUCGAGUCCUAAGAUAAUUCUCGAAGGUUAGUUGAGCGAAUUGUAUUUUUUAUAUAUUUAUUAAUAUUUAGUGUGCAAAAAAAAAGUUCCAUCGAAUGUGUCAACCGAAACACAAUUCUGCCAAUAUCCGGUUGGCAUCACAAGAUGGGAAAAUAAAUGGUGUUUGUAAAUUUUCAGUGUGUUAAUAUUUAAAAAAUAUAUAUAUAAUUGUGCAGGGUGGUGAUUUGCUUAAAGGAACUCUGUUAAUUCAUACAACUUAUUAAUUUGUAGGCUUGUAGUCAUCAAAUAAUUAUGAACAUUUUGCAGUUCGUUGUUGGUGGAGCUGGGUGGAAUGGGGAAUUUGGUUUUCGGGAAAUUUUUUGGUUUGAAACAGGAUAAGAAAGGAAAGAAAAAAUGUUGUCUCCUUUAUUAUGUGAGCCUUAUACAUUGAUAGAGGUGGGUAAUUUAGAAGGUCCGCAUAAUAUCGGCAAAGAGUAAUUUCCGUCAAACUGGGAUCCCGCCCACGUGUAGCUAGUGGUUGUGUUUACUGGUAGCUGCUGAUCCAUUUUAUUUAUAGCGUGUUGAUGAAAGUAAGGUAGAAUGUUAAAAAUAAAUUAAUUUUAUGUAUACACAGGAAGAUCAUGUUGCCUUAGAAAGGAUACUUGGGUAAAGAGGUUUUUAUUUUGUAAUAAUUAGUCUUAAUUUUCUUAAGAGAAACGCACACCACUCAAAAAAAGCUCACUUUGAAUUCUUUCUUUUUUUUAUCAAAAAGACCAUGAAUCAGAGUUAUUAAAAAAAUGUUGGAAACAGGAAUUUGGUUUUUUUUUUUUAUAUCAUUUAAUGGAUGCUGAAAUGUGAUAGCAAAUAUAUAUGCUUGCUUUUUGCACUGUGUAACUUAAAAAUUCUAGUCACUGGUUUUUUUCCCCUGGCGUAUUGGGCCAGAAUGUUAGUUUGAUGAGCUGAACCUUAUGCACUCACUGUAGUGCCCUCAUUAAAUGCCACCCAAAUUUUUUUUAUUGUACGUAUGAGUAUGAACCAGGCCGUGCUACCUUAUUGCCCAAUAGCAAGUGGCCUUACGCUAUGUUUGUGCGAUACAAUUACCAUUUUUGAAAAGUCUUUUAUUCAGUGUUCCCAUCGGAAACUACGGCAACACCUCGUAAUACCAAAAUUAAAGUUAAUAAUAUACUAUACCACAGAAUAUAAAAAAAACUUAACAUAUGUGAAUAAAUUUUACUCUUGAGCACACUACAUUUGAUAACAAUUUUAUUCAGACUUAUAUUGUUACUUUCAUAAUUCAUUAUUGAAUUUAUUAGACAAAAUUAUUGCUUGCUGUUUUGUUGUGUUUAGACUAUAUAACAUAUAAGUAUAUGUGUCCUAUAUGCGUAUUACAAAAUAUUUUAUUUGAAAUAAACUUGAAGCAUGGUUAGUGCAAAUUAUUUAUUCAAAUAAGUACCAUAGCAUACCUACAUUUAUGUUGAAUAAUGUACUCUGUGUAGUAUUAGAUCGUCUUUUUAAAAAAAUAGAAACUCGUAACCACAAUUUUACGUUGUCGUGUAUAGCGUUACUGUAUGGUUUUAAGGUAUAAAAAUUAUUAAGCCGUUAAAUUUUUUGUGACGGUUUGUUUAAUGCAUACAAGGGGAAAUGGACAGAAAAAACAGUUCGAUUAGAUGGCAGCUAUUGCUUGUAGUAAGAUACAUAAACACAUUUUUUUACAUUUUACCGUUAGUAUUUGCUUCAUCAAACUGCGAAAGUCUGCUGCAAGUUUGAGCGUUGGAGUGCGUACGGGAGUCGUAUAGUCGGCGACUGGUCAACUUGAUGCAUCAAGUUUCUAGAGCCAUUAGGUUUACGAAUCACAAGUAUCGUGAGCUAUUGUCGAGACAGCGAUAAAAUAGUAUAUCAUCCCUGAAGUGUUUUUCAUCCAGAUACUCUGAAUAAACAUGAUUACCUGGUACACUGCAAAUAUUAACCGAAAUUCCAUGGGAAACUUCCAAGUAUCGACUACCUGGCAGAUAAAAAAUUAUAGUACAACAUAAGUUAUGUCUAUUGAUAACUAAGAAAAAUAUUUUUUGGAUUUAUCUGAAGGACAAAAUGUUAAACUUAGGUUUUGAAAUUGUCGUCAUAACCCACCUGUAUAUUUUCACAUGUACAUUGACAAAUCGUGUUCCUUCUAUGAACUCCUGCAGAAACAUUUUAUUAAUUUGGACUACAAUCAGUCUGUAAAAAAUUAUUUGAGAACUGAGCUAUGUGCACUUAAUAUAAUUUUAUUUUUUCUUAAAGUGAACAAAUUUUUAUUUUAGUUACUGUAUGCCACCGUCAAAAAAAGAUUUCUAAUUCCAUUUGCCAGUGCCAAUUCUGUGAUUGGUUUUACGUUGUGCUCAAAAUCAAAAUGAUGAACCUUCUAACUGCAGGCAGAGAGAAACUGAAUAUUAGGAGACUGCCUUGUAUAUCAUCCUAGGACUCACACUCACAGUUUUCUUUUUCUUGACAUUUGUAAUUUUUAUUUAAUGAAAAACUUAGACCAAUAAAAUUCAAUAUUUACGUGUGUGCUGGUUUUGAAAUUUUUUGGUAACCAGUCAGUAAAAUAACUGAAUCAGUCUAGGAUGUUAUUUUAUAGUUAUUUCUGUAUAUAAAAUGAGGAAAAUGUAUAUUUACUAGUUAUUUUGUACUGUUAUCUGUGUAAAAUAAUUAUUACUAUAUUUUAGUUUGCACGCUUGAUAUACUAUUGAAAUAUGUUAUGUUUUGCAAUGAUUGAAUUAACUAUUUUAACAGAAACGUAAUUUUACUUGGAAGUGCAAUGUUUUCAUGUGAAGAAGAGGAGGCUACAUACUGUGUUUGCGCAUUUUCGAAACUCGGAAUAAAGUUACGGAAGUUUAAAUUGGUGAAGGAAUUUUCUGAAGUCGUGGGAAUUCCCCAGUGAUGGUAACUGGUGGGGAAGACAUCACAUUCCGAUCUGCCAUUGAUGUUUUAGCACACAGUCAUAUACCACAAGGUUCUGUUAGUACCAGCACAUGUCUGGGGGAUGGUGGAGGUUGGAUUGUCUUCAUUUCAGGAAAUUGCGGAACAUGCAAGUUAUUUAAGAAAGUCUGAAUUUGUGUGGACGUCCAGACUAAUGUAGUCACUGUGCCGUUUGUUGUAAACUGCAGAAUCUGUUGCUGCACGCUUGUAAUUGAUUUACGUGUGUGAAAUUGUAAUGCUUUGUAAUUUGUCACCAAAAAAAAUAUGUCUAAUACCGCAGUGUAAUUGCCAGAUAACUUCUGGUACUUCUAACUGCGGUUACUGUUGGGCUUAUGUUCGUAGGAACGUGGGUGAAUAAGUCGUGGGGGUUCUAUUUUUGAUUUUGUCUUUGGGAUGUACCGUUCGGAGAUUUAUUUGAACACUUAUCAUGUGCGUAUCAAUGGCACAGUGUUGUACGUGAAGUUGCAUCACUACCGUAGUUCCUGGUGUUCGAGGCGUGGUCGGCAGCUGUUCAGUGAUAUAUAAAAGUGUAAACUAAAUGUGCCUCGUUAACCGCGUCACUUGAGCCACUUCAGACCAUUGCCUCCUGAACUUCUACUCAGUUGGAAAACUACGCGAUCUGCCUGUGAACUGCUUCACUUACGCCAGUUUAGUACCGUCUCGUUUAGGGCUUUCUGAACCUUGGAGCAGGCGUUGCAGAUGGAGACAGGGUAACACUCGGGAGUGCCAGCUCACUGUGGCUACUGGCCAAGACUACAGCCCCCCCUCCACCCCUCCCGGGUGACCACGGUACAUCCUAGCAUUCUUUGCUUUCUGGCAUUGGCUCAUGAGCUGCAGUCAUAAAACUCUUUUCUGCAUUUUUUUUAUUAAAAUAUCUACUGACCGAAUUUGUCGCUAGAAAAGCUGCUAGUAAAUAUGGCGUUAACUUACAAAUUUAAUCCCAAAUUUUUAAUUCCUUUGUGUUUGGACUGUGAUUUUUUUUACCCCGUAAAGUAUUUCCCAUGAACUCGUAAUCGGAAAGUUUGGGGGUCGCAGUACGUUCAGAGUGGCUUGCUUUCGGGUGGGUAUGGUCGGUUCCGCAGCGAGGCACCGUGCGGUAAAAGAAAGAGAAGGGUGUCGCCAAGCGCUCUGGGUUCCAAGUGAAGAUACUGCUCCGGCGAGAGAGGGCUGGUCUCGCCAGACAAGAUGCGGCUUCGUGCUUUUUGGAAAUAGCGUGAAAUCCCCGUCUCGCGUGCCAGGAAUUACGGUAGUAUCUGACCCUUGUAGUUUCAUUGAAUGUCUUGCACUGGAAUAGAGAAUACGUACUGGGCAUUGCUUUUAAGGGGGUGCCUCCUAUUUCAGGUCAAGAUUUUAUAUUUACAGUAAUUACAGAUAAACUUGUAGACUUUUUUCAAUUUUUUAACUUUCACAAAAUGAAAAAUGUAUACAGCGCAUACUUAAGGAGAAUUUAAUUUAUUGCACAACUGAAACUUUUUAGGUUUAACUGCAAUGCCAUUGGCUAUUUCAAGAAAUGGUUUGAAUUCCUUUCAGAAAAUAUUAAUUAAUGUUACCUGGCAUUUCAAAAUUCUCAAAUUUAAGAUUUUGACAGCCAAGAAACAUGAAAUGAGUUUUUGUGAUAGAAAUGUAAACCAUAUCAUGAAGUAGCCAGUGACAUUGCAGUUAAACCUAAAUGUUUCAGUUCUGCAAUAAAUUAAAUUCUCCGUAUUUGUACAACCCAAAAACGUUAAAAAUGUAACUUUGGCAGCUAAUUAUGAAAAAAGUAUGCGCUGUAUAUAUUUUUUAUUUCGUGAAAAUCAAACAAUUGAAAAAGUCUAAAAGUUUAUCAGUGAUUAAUAUAAAUAUAAAAUCAUGACCUGAAAUGGGAGGCACCCCCUUAAGGAAUUCCAAUAGGCAUGUGCACACUAAGUGGUGAUCGACGUAAUUAAGUACAAAUGUUUCACAUUGCCAUGGAUUAGAUUAGAGUUGUAUACAAAAGAUAUUGUACCUAAUUAAUGUGUUUCUGUUAUUAGUGUGUUACAAAGUAGAUGAGAUUUUGUGGUUAUUUACAGUGGUCCAAACUUUAACUUAACUUGUAUAAUUGCUUGGCAUUUAAAAGGUUUAUAUAUCGCGUACUUUGAUAAGCUUGAUUUCCAUCGCAGAUUGAACCAAACUAUUUUUAUAAACAAGUGUUCAGAAACUUUGCAUCUCCCAGAUGUAUUAAAUGAAGCACUUUACUGAUAAAUAAAUUUCUUAGUAAACGGUAUAUAAAUAACUUAACAAAUGUUGGGUUUUAAAUAAAUUGUAAACCAUAAAAUCUCAAAUCUAGCCAUGUGGUGAAAUUCUUAAUAUAGUACAAAUAUUUUUUUCUGUGCGUAAAAUUUGUAAUAUAAACCAAUUUUCCAUGAAUCCUUCCUCAACAAGCGCGGUGUAACUUUUACGGACGUCGUAAAAUUAUGUUUGUUCAGUGUGUGCAAUAGUUUGGUUCAUAGUUUAUGCAUUGUGCCAGUACUGUAGUCACAAUGGUUUAUAAUAGAAAAUGUCGUGGUUUUGUUCAGUGCAGACAGAGUAUGUGAAAAAUUUAUCAACUUUCGGCACUUGUACCGUUUCAUGACCACACUGCAUUCGACUUGAAACUGCUUCAUGUGCCAUCUUUGAUUGUUUCAUUUGUGUGUUUGGGCUUUGGUUCUUCACUUCACCAGCUAGUGUUUCACUUUGCGAGCAGUGUAAAUGUUUCUUUCAGAUAUAUCUGCACCAUCGCUUCUUAAAGAAGGAAACCGGGGUGUUUAAAUAGUGAAUACCUUUGUUUGGGUUCCAUUUUGGUAUCUUCUUCUGAAAGAGUGUUAUCUGUGUUUCUGCAGCCGGGAAAUGCAGUAGCUUUUUCAAUUGAACACAAGGGCAAUAUUUUUAUGACAUCAGGUGAAGCCGAGACUGAAUUGUAGCUUGUCUCGCAGUGCAUUCUGACUGAUAGCAAACAGUAGCAGUGUCUGCAGGCUACACCAGUUCUGAAAGUCGCGAAAAGUUUUGAAACCAACAGAAACUUGGGUUGGAAGUAACGAAGGUUUAAUUUCCAGCUGCCUUUUUUCUAACUUGCAUUUUUAUGUUCUCCAACUUAAGUUUAUAGUCUCAUAUUAAAUAUGAAUACUUUGUGAGACUGUUCACUAAAAAUUGUGUGGAAAUUAUCUCUAAAGGUCGUAAUUUUUAGACUAAAAAGAAAAAUCAUAUUCCCGUUAGUUGUGAAUUUUUUCCUAUGGUUAAUUUUACUUAUUUACAAAAAUGGCCUUACAUAAAAUUUUGAGAAAAUGUUCAUUAAAAGUUCCUUACAAUGUUGAAAUUUGUUAACAAGGAUUUAUAAACUCAUUAAAGAGAACCCGGUGUUAGUUGAAUGAAUUAGUCGAGACCAGAGCCAAUACAGAGUAGCGAAAAUGUGAGCAAGCAGGGAGAGUUUGGAAGGAAUCCAUUUCGAAACAACGUACUUGCAUAAAAAGUCCUUUACAUUGCAAGAUGUAAAGAGACAUUUCACGUUGCGUGAUUUGACACGUCAUCGCAUACAGUCACAACUAACUAUAAAUGCUUAUACGGGUCUCUGUGCAAGUUUUUUUAUAUCGUAAUUUUUUGCGUACUAGUUUCCUUUUAUCGGUUUAUGUCGAGAUCUAAGUUACAGGACAUAAGAAUUCCUGGAUGUUUAAGUUUAACAUAAUGCACUUUAAAUAUGUAUGAAACAAUGUGUGCGUGUUACUGAAAAUUGAUAAAAAAAAUAAAGGGGGUUGAUAAAGUGCAAUUGGUAAGCUCGUCUGUUCACGUGAGGUGAUAGUAUCGGGAGUAGGUACGUGUUAGGAACUGGGAUCCACUGAAGAUCGGCAUCGCAGCAACUGUUUCACGGUUGUGUCCGCUGUGUUGGCACCAUUGUUCUCAAGUGCAGAUGCCUCUUUGCUCUGUGCGAUGCGCGUGUUGCAAUUUGCUGUGCCAAGCUGUUGCCGUCGCGGGUUUUGUUUUCCGUGGAGUGGAGAAGUUGUAGACAUGUGUUGGGGCUGUUAAACUGCAAGCUGCAUUAUUGCAUGGGCCGGGAGGGGGGUGGGGGGACUCUCGCAGGUACAGUUUUUCGGUGGCUAUAUGGCAUAGGCACUUUGCCCAGCGUUACACGGUGUAUCGCCGGGCACUCUGGGUAUCUUGAGGGUCCCUAGCGAGCCUCCGCGCUGUCUGGCAGAGGGCGACGCUGGCACUGCAUGGCACGGCUCUCGGGCGAGUAGCACGGCAAGGCAAAACCUAUCUGAAUACUCGCCGGGCAUUUCUGUUGGGGACCGGAAUAAUCGGGCGAGAUUCACUCACAACACAACUAAAACUCUUUGACUACCUUUUUUUGCUCUCUGGCCAUUUGCCUACGGGUUACUUUGAAGACUCUGGACCGAUGAUCGAACUUAAACUGAGGAUGUCAUUGAGCAUGAUUUCUUGUACAGUCCCCGUCAAAAGUGGUGUCGGCACAUGAACGCGUUCAUCAUGUCGGUGUGGUGCAGUCUUGAACAGGAAUGGUGGUCGGAGUUUGAUUCCAAGUGCGGUACUGGCUGGAAUGCCCUGUAAUUGGUAGUUUUUAGUAUUAAGGAAGUAAGGUUCACCUCAACAGCUGUGCUUCUGCUGUUGGUAAAGAGGGACAUUGAUGUACAAUUCGGUGUUUUUUGGUCUCAAGAUGAUUUACUGCCAUUUUCGAACCGCCACUACGCAUGUCAAAAGUAUAUCUGUGUGAUGGGUUCCUUUUAGGGAGUUUCAUGCUUCAUGUUUUCAUGUCUUGUGUGCUUGCAUAAAGUAAUUUUUUUUAUAUAUAAUUUUAGGUACUGUAACUAUGUAAGGGGUGUUGGAUUAGUAUCAUGAAUAUUGAUAUCACAAAAUUCUGGUCAGAAAUGUCUGUAAUUAUUGAGAACUUAAAAAAAUCAUUUUUACUAAGCAUAAAGGCUCAGAAUAAUUUGCAUUGAAAGACCUGAGCAUAUUGUAGUGUUUGCUUAAAAUAUUAGUUUUAAAUAUGAUUAAUGUUUAGUGUGUCAAUUUACUAACCAGAAAUAAUUACAUUAACAUGCGGCCUAUUUCUGGUGUCAUGUUGAGUGAAUCCAUGUAUGGUUCUUGAUUGGCUAUGUUGAGGAUUUGUGUUAAGUACCAAAACUGAAUUUUUCCACUUCUGAUUUGAAUCAAAAAUUCAAAUUAAGGUUUAAAAUGAGAGAUGAAUGAAUGCAUGUAUGUACUUAGGCUAAUCAUAAUGAAAAAUAUACAUAUUUCCCAACAUUUUGGUGUUUGCAGCACUUUCGAACAAAGUUCUGAAUGCUCAUAUGGUUCACAAUUAGUAAUAAAUUAAACGUACAUUAAUGGGAGCACAAAUGUAACCAUAGAUAUACCUAAGUUAAGUUCAUUUUAGUGUUGUAAGAGUACAUGGUGGUUAGUUGUAUAAAAAAAAUUGUCAAAGUAAAUGUUUAGUUCACUGCAUGAUUUAAAUACAGAUACUUACUUGUUGGUUUGAAUGUCUAUGUGGAUGUUUACUUAGCCAGGCUGCGUGCUUGUACUGUUUUUAUCGUAUGUGGAACAAAUAAAAAGUUUUAUAAAAAACA